UGAUAUUAUAAAUCUGUGAAGAACAGCGAUUAAUCAAUCAAAAAUAUAAUACAAAGCUAAAAUUCUGAAAUUAUGAUUGUAUUUAUUUAAAAUCAAUGAAAUCAAUCAAAACUAAACAACCCACAAAUACCUCUUAGAUUGAAACAACCAUUUAUAACAAUAGCAUUUCCUCUCGUAAAAUUCCAAAAUUGCCUUAUUUAAAUACAAAACAUAAUUAAAUUCUAUCUUCAUCAAGGAAACUUGUUUGUGAAGAGAAUGGAAUUCUAAGUUAAUUGAAUGUUUAAAAAAAAGAAUUGAUAAAAUGCAUAUAUGAUAGAUAAUUGGAUGAAGCUUUAGAGAGUAAAUGAUUAAUCCAAUACUAUAGUAAUAAAAAAAAUGGUUUAACAAUGUAUCAGUUAUGAUCUGAAUAUAUUUGGUAAAUCAUUACAUUUGUUGGCUGACAUGUAUAUUUCAAAUAGAGAGUUUAAUAAUGGGUUAUACAUAUAUAAUGUCUUACGCAUAUUGGCAGAUAUAUAAAAUAAUUAAGCACUCAAAGUUGAAGCACUAAUAUAAAUGGGAGAUUUGUGUAAAUUACAAUAAUCCUAUCAUUUAAGCAAAAUAUAUCUUAAAAAAGCUUUGUAAUAUGUUUGGUAUCUAAAUGAUACUGAAAAUGAAGCUACUAUCUAUGAUUAUUUUGGAGUUCUCUAUUAUGUCUAAGGUGAAUUGAAAUUAGCUUAAGAAUAUCAUGAUAGAGCUAUGAAUUUCAUUAAAGAAUCAAAUGAUAGUGCAGCUAAAAAUCAUUCUGUUGAAUCCAUUAAAGCAUACAUUAAGAAAAUCAAUUAUUAAUCAUAAGUUAUGAACAAUAUGGUUUUAUCUAAAUUAGGUUUAAUUUAAGGAAAUGAAACUGAUAUCAAAUUAAUGACACAAUUGGAUUUUGGUUCUUUAAAUAAUUAAAUUUUAUCUGAUUAGGAAUUCUAAGUUGAAGUUGCUACACCCAAUAGACCUUAAAGAUGUGUAACUAAAAAUGGAAUACUUUAAAAUGAUGUUGAUAUGUUUACAAAUGUUAAAGAAUUACAUGAGAGAUAAUUAAAAAGAAAGUUCUUUGAAAAAAAAGUACCUGUUAUGCAUUAAACUAAAUCAAUAUUAAAAUAAACUAUAGAGGAAUAGCUAGAAUAAAGAAUGAAAUCAGAUUAAAAAAAAAAUGUAUUCUUUUAAAAAUAUAUAAUCUAGUCAGUUGAACGCUUAUAUAAUAUUUACAAAAGUUUCAUACUUUCAAAAACUUUCCUGAAAAAUUGGAUAAAGUCAACAUCAAUCAUCUCUCUCCUAACAGAAACCUCCUUGGAUUCAAAUACAGUUUCAAGCCUAUGAGACAUUAAUUACUCG